AUGUUCUCCCGGAAAUGGCUUCUUUUAGCCACUUUGAUUGCUGUCGUCACAGCGGUCCCAGAUCUCGACGAAAUUAAGAGGAACAUAAAGAAACAUGGCGCAGAUUACUAUACGAAGCAAAAUGCGAAAUACGAUGAGAAUACCGUAAGACUUCUGAAAGUGGACUACUGGUUCCGUACGGAGUCGAUGAUUUAUGACGAGUUGAAUAGCAAAGAGAAGGCUCCGUCGACAGUCAUCGCUGGAAAUUUCAGUUUUGAGACACUGCAUCACGAUGUGGAAGGAGGAAUGUUGGGAAGAUUUUCGCUAACCCAAUGCAACACUGGCAACUGCGGUGAGCCAUCCCCGAUCUACAUGGCAUUCCGUCAAGGUGGCAACAAUGUAGAGCACGUCUUCAAGUCUUCAGAUGACAGUGAUGCCACGUGGAAUUUCUUGUACGCUAUCGCCAAUACUAUCUACACACCGGCAGAAUAUGGAGAAGGUGACGAGCAGACAGUCGACACGAUUUAUGGAAGAUGUAAGGUGAAUUUCGGACGGCCAGAGGAUAAACGGUUCAGGCGGAUUAUUGAUAAGUGUGAUUUGGGCUAUGGAGCGAAUUUCACAAAGUUUGAUGGUCUGGAGACUGUGGCGUAUGAUCAGGAUGUUUGGUACACACAAAACACAAAAGUAGACGCUGAUAUCAUUAUGAUUGACGCUGUGGAGAUGUUGGCGUUCAGAAGUUCACUUCAUGAGAAACAUGGAUUCCAGGUGGAAUCAAGAACCCACGUAGAAAUCACCAACCGAACUCGCGUCUUCGUCCACCGCUACUGCAACGACUCUGUGCCAGCUCACUCAUGUGCCGAGCAAGCGUUCGGCGCUGUCCGUGUUGGAGGAAAACUUUAUGAAAAUGUGAAGAUUGGCGGAGCUCAACCGAACAAGCUAACAAAACUCAUUGGUACGUACAGAAGACACUUGAACGAGAUGGGUGACUCGCAUAUCUGUGAGAAGCACUCUUUGUUGUACGGACAGAUUGUUCAGGAGGCGAGAUUGGCGAGGAGAGAGGAUUGGGAAGCAGCGAUUCGGUAUCCGGAGAAUGAUCAUGUGUUAUCCAUCAUUGCCAGCUCCUUGGGAAGCGUCGGCACCGUGGAAUCCCUCGCGACCGCCCGUGAAGUCCUCCUCCAACAAUCCCCAGACCAUCUUGACGACCUCCUAUUCGGAAUUGCCCAAAGCUCGUCUAAAAACGAAAAAUGGCAUAAACAACUCAUGUAUUGGUUGGGAACCCUCAACCGGGACUCUGAGGACUACUGGAAACUUGCAAACACAAUUGCAACUGUACUCAAUAAGAGAUGUGAGGCGACCACUAGCAGUUUGAACUCGUGUAAUAAAGGGAAGGAGGCGAUCGUGAAUAAAUUCAUCAAUGACUUGACGGCCACUGGUGUCACUGUGCAGGUUCUGGAAGUGUUGGAGAACAUCCCAGUGAUUGGAGCAUACGAUAUUGCAAAGAAGUAUCUUUGUGGACAAGAGGCGUUGGAAAUCCAGAAGGCGGCGCUUAAUGUUAUUUUGGCAGUUGAUAAGAACUUGUAUGAAACCCAGCUAACCCACAAGCUCAUCCGCCUGUUCCGUAACACUUGCUCCCAACAAACCCCUACUUCUCACUCUCAACUGGCAAUCGAUAUCCUCCUAAAAUGUGUGCCUGACCAUCAAAAUGUGGCAACUCUCAUCCUCAGAACAGAAUCUUUGAAUCCAGAUGACCAAGAAAAGUGGAACUAUUUGUACAAGGCUAUCGAGUCAAGUGGAGAACGAGACGAGCUGAAAGCAGAGUUCUGGUCAAGGAUGCGAAAAUUCAAGGAAGUGCGGUCUAAAGAUUACUUUUCAGAUGCUUCUGGAUUCCGUUUAUUCUCUACCGCCACUGCUGAGUUUUUGCACAAAUCAUUCAAGAGAUCCAACUUUGAGCUUUCUUUGAAGAGAGGGAAGAAGGAUCAUAAUUUGUUCUCGCUAUCCAUCGACACUGAGCACCUCGAUCAAUUCAUCACUGGCUCCACCUCCCACUCCAGAUCAGGCGCCCCCGAAGGCUCCGUCCGUAUUGGAAUCACAGGUCACAAGCUGCCCACUAAGCACAUCUUCAAGGGAAGCACUGACCUAUUGUCGACUGUUUGGGAUGCUGAUGGAAGAACUCACAAAGCAUUUGAAGGAAAUGUUCCAUUGAGAGAUGUUCGAUUCUCACUGCCUCUGCUGUCUGGGUUGACGGUCAAUGUGAAUAGUGUUGGGGCGAUUAGUUUGAGAGUUUUAGCGUCUGCAGAGGUUUCACUGUGGAAUCAGAGAUCGAAUGCAAAGGCGGAAGCAUACACGUCUGGAUCCCUCUAUCUCACCGCCUCUCUCCAACACGACACCCAACAAGUCCGCUACAUCGAGUCGACCGUCACGGCUCUCUCCGCGUUCUCCACCGACACUCGAGCAAUCUUCGAAUCGCUUCCAUACGACUUCUGCCUGAAAACAUCGAAUAGCAAUGUGGAAAUCAGUCAGAAGACUGUAAUUGAGGAGGCGUCGCAUAAGAAGAAGACUUACAACAGAAAACGGGUGGAGCCUGGAGUCACUUAUCGGUGUGAUAAUGCAUCCGCCGUCGUCGUCUUCGUUGUGAAGAGAGGCUCCUCAAGGGGGAGGGACCCACUUUUUCUUCAAUCAACCAAUCACUCGCAUUUUGUUAUCCACAACACACUGAUUGGUAGUGGAGAUAGUGGGGAUAUCAUCUCACAACCAGAAAUUCUAGAAGAUUUCUUGAAGAUGAAUAUGAGUCUGAAACGAAAAAGUAUAUUUGAAACUAUUGAUGACCUGAUAUCCCCUGAUCCAAUCGCGUCCUCGUCCUCCUCAUCCGCUAGUUACUCUUCUUUGGAUAAUCAAAAAUUAAUGUGCCAAUUUUGCAAGAAGAGUUAUUUGACUUAUUUCGGUCUUCGAAGACAUUUACAGUUUCACAAGGAGGGCAAACUUCAACAGAUUUGUCCGCAGUGCAAAAAGAUUUAUAGAUCUCCUGGUGCUCUUAAAAUGCAUCUGAAAACCCACUCAUUACCGUGUGUCUGCACAGAUUGUGGAAAAUCGUUCUCCAGACCAUGGCUACUGAAAGGACAUUUACGGACACAUACAGGCGAGAAACCGUUUGGCUGUGAUUCUUGCGGCCGUUGCUUUGCGGAUAGAUCAAAUCUCCGUGCCCAUCUACAAACUCAUUCCGGAGAGAAAAAGCAUAGAUGUUCGAGAUGUGGACAAUCAUUUGCUAGGGUUCAAGUUAGACAAAGACAUGAACAGAGUUGUAGGAUAGAUGUAAAGUCAAGUGAUAAGGAAGAUGAUGUGUAA